GUACUACGGCGAGACCAUCUGGCAACACUGGGCUGUUAGUGUUUUCUGAAGCCACUAGCCGCAGCCACUAGCCAGCAAACUCAAAAGAAUCUAGACAGCAUGGUGGAUAAAUCGUCAUAGAAGAUUAAUUAUUUUUGUUAUUUAAGUUGGUUGUAGUAGUGCUAUAUUAUUUCAGUACAUAUAUUGACUAACGCAAUCAAUAAUGUCGAUAGAUGAAGUGGAAAUCGAUUGGGGUAAUGAGCGUUUAAGCAGGGCUCAACGUGCUGUAGAAGCAAAUACAUAUGAUGUGGAUUCCUGGUCUCUCCUAAUACGGGAGGCUCAAACACGACCUAUCAACGAAGUUCGGACUGUGUAUGAGAAACUUAUUGCUGCCUUUCCUACUACAGGAAGAUUUUGGAAAAUUUAUAUAGAGCAGGAGAUGAAAGCGAGAAACUUUGAAAAAGUAGAAAAGUUGUUCCAGCGAUGUCUUAUGAAAAUCCUAAACAUUGAGCUGUGGCGGUUGUAUCUUAAUUAUGUUAAGGAAACAAAGUGUAUGCUGCCAACUUACAAAGAAAAAAUGGCGCAGGCCUACGACUUCGCAUUGGAUAAAAUUGGUUUGGACAUUCACGCCUACCCAAUAUGGAAUGACUAUGUGACCUUUCUGAAGUCUGUUGACGCUGUGGGAUCGUACGCUGAGAACCAAAAAAUCUCGGCUGUUAGAAAGGUGUAUCAAAGAGCUGUUAUUACUCCAAUUAUUGGAAUAGAGACUUUGUGGAAGGACUACAUUGCCUUCGAACAAGGAAUUAAUACUAUUAUAGCGGAACGUAUGGCAAUGGAGCGAUCUAGGGAAUAUAUGAAUGCGCGGCGUGUGUCCAAAGAGCUGGAGACAGUUACUCGAGGCCUUAAUAGGAAUAUGCCGGCAACACCACCCACAGCAGAUAGAGAGGAGAUGAAACAGGUGGAAUUAUGGAAGAAAUAUAUAUCCUGGGAGCGUUCUAAUCCUCUUCGUUCUGAGGACACAGCAUUAGUGGCAAGACGGGUUAUGUUUGCCAUAGAACAGUGCCUAUUGUGUCUGGCGCACCAUCCCGAUGUGUGGCAUCAGGCUGCACAGUUCUUGGAUCAUUCUUCAAAGUUACUGACGGAGAAAGGGGACUCAAACGCUGCUAAACUAUUCUCUGAGGAAGCGGCAGCGGUAUACGAGCGAGCGACGAGCGGUCCGCUCAAGCAAUCGACGUUAUUGCAUUUCGCGCAUGCUGACUAUGAAGAAAGUCGGCUGCAUUAUAAUAAGGUACACCAAGUGUACACCAGAUACUUGGACAUGGAAGAUAUCGAACCCACACUUGCCUACGUCCAGUACAUGAAGUUCGCUCGAAGAGCUGAAGGGAUCAAAUCUGCUCGAACUGUGUUUAAAAGAGCAAGAGAGGAUCCUAGAUCCCGCUACCACGUCUUCGUAGCAGCUGCCCUUAUGGAGUACUAUUGCUCAAAAGACAAGAAUAUCGCGUUCAGGAUAUUUGAACUGGGACUCAAGAAAUUCUCACAUAUACCCGAAUACGUGCUGUGUUAUAUUGAUUAUUUAUCGCAUUUAAAUGAGGAUAACAACACGCGUGUACUCUUUGAACGGGUUCUAUCUUCGGGUAGUUUGAAGCCGGAGAGCUCAGUUGAUAUUUGGAAUAAAUUUUUGGAGUUUGAGUCGAAUAUUGGAGAUUUAGUGAGCAUUGUCAAAGUUGAGAAGCGGAGACAAGCUGUAUUAGAAAAGAUAAAAGAAUUUGAAGGCAAGGAGACAGCUCAAUUAGUGGACCGAUACAAGUUCCUUGAUCUCUAUCCCUGUACGAUUGCUGAGUUGAAAUCAAUUGGAUAUACUGAGGUGGCAGCAAUGUCAAACAGAUCCUGGGCGCUAGGGGGCGCUUUGGCCGGAAUAUCACCAGAACUUGCGGCUGUCAUUUUGGGGCAAAAAGAUAACGACCCGAACAAGGACAUAGCCCGACCUGACACAAAUCAGAUGAUUCCAUACAAACCUAAAUCAAACCCACUCCCUGGGGAACAUCCUAUACCUGGUGGGGCAUUCCCCGUACCUCCAGCGGCAGCUCACCUGUGCACCUUGAUGCCUCCGCCAUCUUCAUUCCGAGGUCCAUUUGUGGCUGUGGACCGAUUAAUUUCACUCUUCAAUAGGAUAUCGUUGCCCGAUAGACCACCUGCGCCGACGCAAGAAAACGGAUGUGACACGAAGCUGUUUGAUCUAGCCCGGUCAGUUCACUGGAUUGUCGAUGAUGACGGCCUGACUACUGUUACAAAUAAGGCCCGAAGAAGAAAAGCCGGCGAAGAUUCUGAUGACGACGAGUUGGGAGUUGCGCCUCCUGUCAACGACAUCUACCGCCAAAGACAACAGAAACGGGUUAAAUAGUGCAACACCAUCGAUACUUGAAAUGGCGAAUCUGUUCUGCGCAAGUAAAAUAUUCACAUUAUCAGUUUCAUUGAUAUCUUUGAUUAAUAAAACAAAAAAUAAGGCA